AUGAGAAUUGCUCCGGUAUUGAGGCAGGUACAGAAACUCCAUGACGUGAUCAUCAGAGUCGGCGAAGGUUUACCCACAGGUAUCGCGGGCUUAUACAAGCACCCCAACCCACGCCCAGCGCUCGUUGCAUUAUACACUCACCAGCUCAGGGUGUUGGAGAAGGAGUUCCCCAAGGACUCCGUAUACAGACAAUCCGUGGAGCAGCUCACCAAGAACAGAUUGAGGAUCGUUGAAGAAGAGGAGAUUACCGAGAAUAUCGAGAGUAAGAUUGGGGGCGGGUUGAUUGAAGAGGUUGUCAUUCAAGCUGCUGACGAGUUGAAGUUGAGCCGCGAGUUGGCUGGCUUGAAGGCAUGGGAGGAGCUAGAAGAGAAACCAUUGGAUGACCAAUGGGUAUACUUUGGCAAGAAGAUUUGA